AUGGCAAAGUAUAAAGAAACCCCGAAGGAGAAAGAAAAGUCUACCUCGACCCGAUGCCGGCCUAAGAUUACGCGCAACAUACCUCAUCGCGUCUCUCCAUUGAACAGAGUCAAGAGAACCUCGGUUCUCUGUGUGCCGAAAGGAGACGAGAUCCUGAGCUUUCUAGUUGACGAAAAUCGCAUGAACAGAAUAUGUCCUCCCUGGCGCCAUUUCAAACUCCUGGGCGGACGCAAAAGGAUGGCCGACACCAGUGGCAUUGACUUUGGGAAUGAGACUGCUAAGGAUGCUCUCCGAAUAGUCUUGGACAUGAUCCACGGCAAAGAGGUGAUGAACUAUGAAGAUUUCAGCCCUCGCCUUCUAUUCUACAUUCUCGAAGUUCAUGCCUGGUUGGGACAUCCGAAAGCCAUUUACAGCAAUUGUACCCUUCCAACAGCGAUCGGAACUCAAGGAGCACCAUUCUCUCCAUUUUUCGACAAGGAAGCCAUCUCAAGGUGUAUCUUUGGCAUGGCAAGAAAGGAUAAGUACCUGUACCGGGUGAAAGACUGGCUCCUUCUGGCUCUCGUCGCCGAAAAGCUAAGACUUCAGGACGUUAUGCAGUUGAUCCGCGACAACUUAUGCCUUUUCUGCAGAGCAGAUAAGAGGGAGUUACCCGAAGAAGCAAGAGAUUGCAUCAAGGAUAGGGAUUGGGCCAGGAUACAGAACCUCAGACUUAUUGACAAUGCAUUGCUGUCAAAGCGUGAGUUUUAUGUCGACAAAAUUAUCAAGGGGCUACGUCUUCUUUCCCACCAAGUCCUCUAUUUUAAUGGAGGCAUUCUUCCCAACGAAAGUAUCUUCAACACAUACCAAGACUAUAGAGUUGCAGCAUGUUCAUAUUGCCGAUCGCUUUCGUCGGACGAAUUUCACCGGGAACUCAUCUCAGCGCGGUUAUGGCCGCUGUGUGCUGAGACUUACCAAGAGCGCGUCAUCGAUCUACUUCACGCAAUCAGAGAUAUGGAAGAAAGGACACUUGUUGGAGGGCACUGCAACCAGUUAACCCAUCUUUACGAUCACCUCCGACAGAUAUGUUCCGACCCGGAGCGUUAA